CGCCCGGGCGAUGAGAAGCUGCUUCUGCGUGAGACGGAGCCGGGACCCGCCGCCGCCGCCGCCGCCCCAGCGGGGAACAGACCAGUCCACCAUGCCUGAAGUGAAAGACCUCUCGGAAGCCUUGCCGGACACCUCGAUGGACCCCCUCACGGGGGUCGGGGUGGUGGCUUCGCGGAACCGCGCCCCAACAGGCUACGACGUGGUCGCACAGACGGCAGAUGGCGUGGACGCUGACCUCUGGAAAGACGGCUUAUUUAAGUCCAAGGUCACCAGAUACCUGUGUUUCACGAGAUCGUUUUCCAAAGAAAACAGCCAUCUGGGGAACGUGUUGGUGGAUAUGAAGCUCAUUGACAUCAAGGACACGCUGCCUGUGGGCUUCAUCCCGAUUCAGGAGACGGUGGACACACAGGAGGUGGCUUUUAGAAAGAAGAGGCUGUGCAUCAAGUUCAUCCCCCGGGACUCGACGGAAGCCGCCAUCUGUGACAUUCGGAUCAUGGGCCGGACCAAGCAGGCCCCUCCUCAGUACACGUUCAUCGGGGAACUGAACAGCAUGGGGAUCUGGUAUCGAAUGGGCAGAGUCCCAAGAAACCAUGACUCAUCUCAACCCACAACGCCUUCCCAGUCGUCAGCUGCUUCUACCCCAGCCCCCAACCUGCCCAGGCACAUCUCCCUAACGCUCCCUGCCACCUUCCGAGGCAGGAACAGCGCGCGGACGGACUAUGAGUACCAGCACUCCAAUUUGUAUGCCAUAUCAGCGAUGGACGGCGUGCCUUUCAUGAUAUCAGAAAAGUUUUCUUGCGUUCCAGAAAGUAUGCAGCCCUUUGACCUCUUGGGAAUCACUAUCAAGUCUUUGGCAGAAAUCGAAAAAGAGUACGAGUACAGCUUCCGCACGGAGCAGAGCGCCGCGGCCCGGCUGCCGCCCAGCCCUACCAGGUGUCAGCAGGUGCCGCAGUCCUGAGCCCGGGCCGCCCACGGAGAGCAGACACCUCCUGCCACACUACUGACCCUGUCCCUCCCACCCUGCCCGAGCCGGGAGACUGGGCGGCCUGCCUGACGGGACACCCCAGCCUCCUGGGACCUCACUCACAAUCGCGACUAACCCGUGUGUACUGUAGCGACUGGCGCGGCCGACAGGCCUCGGCGACCCUCAGCUGUUCGCCAAGAAGCCUUUCCUGCGUGGGCACCUGACGGCCCCGGGCUCCCCCUCUCCUGACGGUCACCCGCCACAGGGGUCCCACAAGGCCGCUCCCCUCCUGGAGGACCUGGGGUCUGGCUUGGUGGGGCUGCUGUGGCACAAGCCCCUCUUGUCUGGGUCAGGUGCCUGGACAUUUCCCAUAGCCUGGGGCCUCGUUUGACCUCCCCCGGGCUUGUCACGCACGGCACCCCCUGGAUGCCUGGAGCCCCGACAUUUCCCACAGCCUGGGGCCUCAUUUGACCUCCCCCGGGCUCAUCAUGCACGGCACCCCCUGGAUGCCUGGCUCCAGGGAGAAGGCCGAGGGAUGGGGCCUGCUCGCCAGAGGGCUUGGCUGUGUGUCACCUGUGUGCCAACGACAGUUCCACUGGGCUCAGUGCCGACAGGUGGGUCCCCCAGACGGCCACGCCCGAGAUGGUGCCAGCCCUGGAGGACACAAGCAACCCGACUUCCGGGCUCCUGCUUACCCAGAUCACUGGCGGGUCCAGGACCACAGCUCCUCGUCUGUCCGCUGGAGGUGCCAAAUUCACUCACGCCUGUCUGCUACAAGGGCCUCACCUGUGGACUGCCGGUGCCGCCGCGCCUGCCCUAGUGCCAUCUGUGGGGGUGGCCCACGAGUGGCUGGGUGGCCGAGGCGUUAAAGGGACAGGAGUAAGAGCUGGCCCAGAGUCGCCCGUGAGGUGGGCAGGGCCGAGAAAUACCUCACCCACCUGCACCAGCCCCUCAGGCUGCCCGGGGCCCCUGUGUGUAGCGCAGCAGCUGCCUGGCCCGCCCACCCGACCCCGCAGUCAGGCCAUCGGGCGGGCCUGGUCCCCGGCACAGAGCCUUCCGGGAGGGUGGGCUCCGCGGAAGCCGGGGUGCUCCAGACCCGCAGAGGGGCUGCCCGCAGCCUCCCGCUGUGCGCCUCUGGCCGGUAACACCUGAUGGCGUCUCCUGCCGCGACCCAGGCGGCGGCACUUGGGAAGCCCUGAGGGGCCCUAGAAGGUUAGGAGGCAACCGCGUAGAACCCCUUGCCCCAGAGCCAGAAGGGUGGAGGGAGGACGCGGCCCCCGGCAUGGCCACCAGCGAGGCAGGCGCCCCCAUAGCAUCUCAUGUAACAUUGACUGUGAACGUCCCGGCACGCGUGCUACAGCUUACGUCACUCCCGCCCCUCCGUGUCCUGAGUGUGGGAGAGGAGGAGCAGGCAUGUGGGUGACCGCGGAGGUGCGUGUGCGGCUUGGGCCGCAGUGCAGGUGUGGCUCCUGCGUGGGAGCCGAGCGACCCUUGUGUCUGGGGGAGGGGGUGCGUCCUGUGGCCGCUGUGGGAAGGGAAGGCCUAGGAUCCUGUUAGAAACAGGAAGGGCCAUGGCCUCGUCCCGGGGCGCAGCGGGUCCCACGGCCACCCGGGACACAGGGCCAGGCGACACCCAAGGUGCUGAGAGCAGGGUGCUGGCCCAAGUGUGUGCUGAGGCCUCUGGCCCCUCCCCACGCCCGAGAACUGACGCCAGCCACAGGGCCCCGGUCCCAGGGCAGCAGUGGACCGGGUCUGCUCACUUGGCGGCCGUGGUGCCAGGCCCGCAAAGCACACGUCCCCUGCCCGGCCCCUGACACCGAGAAGCCCAGAGCGGGCGUUCCUCACUCCGUGACAACGGAGGAAGCCGAGCCCCGGCUGGUAGGCGGCGGGCACUGGACCUGGCCCCGCGCCCAUGGCGCCAGCCGCCCAGCACAAGCACACAUCCGGGCUGACCUCUUGGUCUUGGUCCUGUCACGGAACUUCCCGGCCCCGCCCCAGCCCACGGCCAAGGCCAAGGGCGAGGGGGCCCCCACGCCGGCACCUCAGGUCAGCCCGCCGCCCUCGCCUCCUGCUGUGGCCCAGGGCAGCUGCGGCCAACACCACCACACCAGCCGUGCGGGCCGCUGGGUGCGGGCGAGGUGGCGGGAGCUCACUGUGAGACCGUCUGCGUCCUUCCUAGAAUUUGUUAAAUAAACGUUUGUUCUA